AUGUCAGGAGAUGGGACUAGAGGAGGGCCCAGCCAGGAACCAGGAAUAAGGAUGAAUAGCUUUUCGCUGAACUUCACGCUGCCAGCGAAUAUGACUCCCUCUCCAGUUGCCCCGAGUGCCAAAGCCGACGACUGUGGUCCCUCUAUUGGACUAGCAGCCGGAAUCCCAUCCCUGCUGGCCACAGUCCUGCUGGUGGCUUUGCUGUUUACCUUGAUUCAGCGGAGAAGAAGCGUGGAUGAGCCCUUUGAGGAAAGUGAGAGACCAUGUGAAAUUUCAGAACUCUAUGACAAUCCCAAAGUCUCUGAGAAUCCUAGGCGGUCACCCACACAUGAGAUGGACCCACGAGGUGCCCAGGAAGGCCACAUAUAUGUGAAGACAGUCUCUGGAAGUGAGGAGCCCUUGCCCGACACUUACCGUCGUCCUGAAGAAAUAGAGAGAAGGAGAGGACUGUGGUGGCUUGUGCCCAGACUGAGCCUAGAAUGA